AAUAUGCCUCAUCACCCGUAUCCAGUUCGCCUUUAUGAGAAUGACUCCAAAGGCGAUAAGGCGUAGUUCUGGGAGCCCUACAUGGAAGCAAGAACGUUUUAGGCCCGUGAGCUCACAGCCUCCGACUAUGUGGAUAGCUCCACCAGACCCUGAUAGUAAUUGUAGCGCUGUACCAAUAAUUACGGGAACUAAGCAAUACUAAUAUAUGCUUAAUGAGAGUUCCCGGCUCUACGGAAGCUUAGCUCUUUAACAAGCUAUAUACAUGCUUGAACUGAACUUCCAGGGAACUGCAGCAACUCGUUGGUGACAUUAUUC